AUGGAUCUACAGGGAAAAGAAGCCCGAAAGGAAGAGGGCGCUGAAGGGCCUCUCGAGGCGUAUGGUGCUGGAGGUGGUCGUUCAAAAGAGUAUCACAAGAACGAGGGGCGCGAUUCUCACAACCACGAUGACCGCAAUUCGAUUAAUCCGCUUCGUCGUCGCCGGCCACCAUUUUCAUACCCCCAUGGACCCCAAAGGAGCCCUACAGCUACCGUGACUCGGCCUCGAGAGCCCUCACCGUCACCAGAGGCCAUCGGCAUACCCCAAGCUCUGGGAUUAUGCUCCCGCGACCAGCGACUCCUUCGCAAGGCUCGGAGGUCUCCACCUGUCACCAAGAAGACGCUCAGCGAGCUAGAUUUGCCCUGUAUCAUGGGAAACAUCAAUCUUCGGAUGGACGCUAAUUUCGACCGGGAUCUGCACUUCAAGCCCGAUCUAGACGGAGAGAAGGGCAAAAGGAAGAGAAAGGAAGCCGCGGAUUAUUGGGACUCGUUGGCCUCGGAGAUUGCGAUUUACUCAUUCCGUGCCCUCUGUGCAGACACCGACAUCGAGGAUGUGGCCUCGAGUGACGGCACUCGACGCACCUUCGAUCCCCGUUUGCCUGCCCUGUUCGAGACAUUACAAGACGUCAUCAAGACCCUUGUGCCAGAGCGAGAUCACCCAGCUGUCAUGCAGAACCUCGAGGUUCCAUUACUCAUGCAGCAAAUACGGAAAGGCGUGUUUGACAUGCUGACUCUUGCCACAUGGCUUGCUGCCCUUCUCAAAACACAUUGUGCACCUAUGCGCGACGAAUGGGCAGAUUGCAUGGUUGAGCAGAUCAGGAAGGGCUCACAGUCACAAGACCCGAAGGAGAUCGUCAAUGGCUUACAGACACUGUUCGCCAUCUUGGAAGCGAUGAAACUGGACGUUGCCAACCAUCAAAUCCGAGCGUUCCGUGUCCUGUUAAUCGAGGAUACAGUUCCAUUUCUUCAAGAAUACUUCAAGGGUAAGAUGAAUCGGGGUAGCUUCCAAGUUGAACCCGCCCGCGAAUGGUACCUUUCCGUGCGGUCUCAGACUCGCCAAGAAGACGCAAACGACCAAAAGGCCCCAGUCGAGAUAGACGACACCCUCAAGCCCCUUGAAGCUCUGUUCCGCGGAAUCUCCGAACAAUUACUCCAAUUCAGCUCACCGGCCGACUUCCCGGAGACCUUCCUUUUCGACUCGGAGCGCCUCUGGCAACUCCGCUCAACCGUCCAAAAUUUAAUUAACCUCGAUAUCGCGUGGUACAUCUUCGAGUCAUACGUCAACAAACACAAGCGGUAUCUCUCCGCUCCCGCAGAAACCUAUUCGACAUUCCGCUCGCGCAUCUGGUCCCUCAUGGAAGACGGCAUGGAUCUGGAAAACCGCAUUGUCGGAAACCCAGAUCUCAAUGACGACAACCCCGACUACCGCGGCGGGAAGCGCUGGACUCAAAACAUGCGUUGCAUUGCACUGGAAAUUGCUCGCUUCGCGUGUGCGGCACUGCAGCUUGACGCAGUUGUCGCGGACGAUGUUAUCGCGCCCAUUGAGGAGGCUUUAGAGUGGCACCUCACGCAUGAGUCAAAUCUCUUUGCUUACUUCCAGGAAGGCAUGCGUGAGAAGAUUAUGUCUGCUACACUGACUGCGGCGAAACGCUACCUGCCCCUUUCGCCGUUGGCAAUCUGUGAGUCGCAGCGGGUCUCGCCGUCUGCGGUUUCGGCUGGGGCGGGAUCGGCGUCGGCGCAGCCUGUGACUCCACAGCAGCUGGACAUUGAACGGAUAGGUAUGCGUCUUGCUCACAUGGGUGUUUUGCAUUGGCGUGUUUGGGCACCACUCUUGUAUCUCCGUGAUGAGAUUGCGACAGCGGAGCUUGAACCAGCGCUGAUAUAA